AUGGGUGGCUCGAUGGCUUCAUACUCAGAUCCGCUCUUCGAGCCAACUUCGCUCAGCAAAGCUCAGCUUGAGGGCGUUCUCCAAUCGUUCUCGGAAGUCGUUGCCGAAAUUGCCAAAUACUACAAAGAACUUGGCGAAGCCUACCACGAGCUGCCACUCCACGUGCGUUUCCACGCCCUGGUUCCGAAGCACUGGCGCGAUUACUGUGUCGAUGCCUUCAUCUCUUCCGACACGCGUGAGCUGCCUGAUAUGAUCCAGCUCAUCAACAUGCUCAAAGAAGCCUUCGCGCGCGCUCGUGCAGCAAUUCUGUGCGAGGAGUAUGGACUCGCCAUCUCACGCCUCAACAUUGCGGCACACCUCAUCAUCGAAGCCGAGGAUCGUGCAGUGAAGCUGACAUAUGCUUUGGAGUGUUACGAAGCUUUGGAGGAGGAGUUGAAGAACCUGACUGGGGCAGAGGCGUACGCUAUGUUGUGUCGUCAGGCGGUGAUGGGCACGGACAUUCCGCGCGCUCUCUCCAAGGUCGUAUGGCGGCAGUCCUUGCCACAGAGCCUACAGGAAGUGGAGGAUGCAGCCCCUGGCUAUGACAGCGGUUACAACUCUGGCCGCAGCUCAGUCAUUCCUGAGUCGCAGUGA